CAUUGUCCGAAGCCAGAGCCUGGACCCACGAGACCGUCCCUGCUUUUUUGAAGGGAGAAAGCUGAAGGGAGCUGUGUACAAUAGGCAGCUCUGUUCUGCACUGUCUAUGGGCUGCAAAUCUUUUGUGUUCCACCUGCUGCCUUAUCGUGCGUCUCCAGCUGUAACCUCUUCGUCCAGCGCAGGUGUGUGCACAGCUGGGAGAAGGACGAGCAGUGUUUGGAAAGAGUCCCUUUUCUGUGUGGAUACAUAAAGUCACCAGCAUCUCUUUGAGGCAUGACCGACACCAUGUUUGGCAGUGGGAAUAGCCAGUGGGUUUGCCCAAAUGACCGACAGCUAGCCCUGAGAGCCAAGCUACACACUGGCUGGUCCGUGCACACGUUCCAGUCAGAGAAGCAGAGGAAGGCCCAGGCACUGGACAAGCGAGAGCUGGACGUCAUUUUCAAUGUCAUCCGCAGAGCCGAGCAGCUCGAGCUGAUUGAGCAGCACAGGAUCGGGAGACUAAUUGAGCGUUUGGAGAACAUGAGGAGGUCAGCGGUGGGGAAUGGGCUGUCUCAGUGUUUGCUGUGUGGGGAGGCUCUGGGUCUGCUGGGCACUCCUUCAGUCCUCUGCCUGGACUGCUGCAAGAAAGUGUGCACCAAGUGUGGGAUCGAGGCUGCGUGCAGUCAGAAGAAAGCUCAGUGGUUGUGCAAGAUCUGCAGUGAACAGAGAGAGGUGUGGAAGCGAUCUGGAGCUUGGUUCUAUAAGGCCUUGCCAAAGCACGUUCGUCCAGUAAAGGACCCGCUCUCACACAUCAGGAGGCCAGUCGUAGAGAGAGAGGAGCAGCCAGCUGCCAGAAAUGUGCCAGUUACCUACACAUGGGCCCACAGCAAAGUCGACUCCAGUGAGAGUGAUGGAAGCGACUCAGAGCUCAGCGAGGCCAACAGCGACAGAAAGCCCUUCAUCUCUGAAAGCAUCAAAAGGAGACACUCGGCUCUGUCAGAGUCCAGUGGAAGUCCAGCCCCAACACCUGUCCAAUCCAUACUGACCAGUCCGUUGCGAGCCAGCUUCUUGUCUGACAGCCGCUCCAGCCUGGCCAGUGAGAGGAGCAGCCUUGCCCCCACUCAGGAGGACGAGGACACUGACCACAACCGGCCAUCAUUGACGCCACCGCCGCUGGGCCUCAGCCGCACCGGAUCCCCACGCUCCUCCUCAUCCUCCUCCGCCACAGCAGCAGGACGUACCCCCGAGGGCCCUGCAGCCACCUCCGACCCGGGCCGCGAUGACGACGAGCUGGACCGAGCCUUUGGUGCUGCCUCUGCCCUGUCGGCGCCCGGCAAGAAGGAGGAAGAGCCAGAUGUGGAGGGAUACGACUCAGACGACUCCACCACUCUGGGCACGCUGGACUUCAGCCUGCUGUAUGACCAGGAGAACAAUGCCCUGCACUGCACCAUCAACAAAGCAAAGCUCCCUGUGCCCAGGUACAGAAAGGGACUCAAACCCAUGGAUCACAACGGGCUGUCAGAUCCCUAUGUUAAACUGCACCUGCUGCCUGGAGCCAGUAAAGCCAAUAAGCUCCGGACCAAGACUCUCCGCAACACCCUCAACCCAGUCUGGAGUGAGACAUUGACCUACUAUGGCAUCACCGAUGAGGAUAUGGUCCGCAAAACACUCAGGAUUUCAGUGUGUGACGAGGACAAAUUCCGCCACAACGAAUUCAUUGGAGAGACACGGAUCCCCCUGAAGAAGCUCAAGCCCAACCAGACCAAGAACUUCUACAACUGCCUGGAGAAGCAGCUGCCUAUUGACAAGACGGACGACAAGUCUCUAGAGGAGCGAGGACGGAUCAUGAUCUCGCUGAAGUACAGUUCCCAGAAAUCUGGCCUGGUAGUGGGCAUCAUCCGCUGCGCUCACCUUGCAGCCAUGGAUGCCAACGGCUUCUCCGACCCCUAUGUCAAAACAUACUUGAAGCCGGAUGAGAACAAAAAGUCAAAGCACAAGACUGCUGUAAAGAAGAAGACCCUUAAUCCAGAGUUUAAUGAGGAGUUCUUCUACGAGAUUAAGUACGCUGAGCUCAGUAAGAAAACUCUCGAGGUGACGGUGUGGGACUAUGACAUUGGCAAAUCCAAUGACUUUAUAGGAGGAGUUUCUCUAGGCAUCAAUGCCAAUGGGGAGCGCCUGAAACACUGGUUCGACUGUCUGAAAAACAAAGACAAGAAAAUCGAGCGCUGGCACACACUGACAAAUGAACUACCUGGUUCAGGCUUCAAUGAUUGAAGAGAGCCAGGCCCUGAAGAGUCUCCUCCCUCUCCUCCACGUUCCGUGCAAUGUCCACUUGAGCCCAGCCUUCCUUUGGCACCUCCAGCACUCCAGAAGUUUUACAGUUUGGAGACGAGUACCAAAACUACUGCACAUGCUCCAUCUCUAUAUGUCCCUUCCCUGGUGUUGACCUUGCUGUUUGAUCCUGUGCUGUGGCUUUUGGGCUUAUAUAAGGGUCUUUGGUCAGCAUAUGUUUAUUCAAACCUGUUGAAUAUGGAGAGGCAUGGCUCUCACCAAUGGCACAGGAUCCAUUUUGGACUGAUGUCCUGUGUACAAACAUUAAAACAUACUGAUAGGCCUACUGUUCACUCUGCUCUUUCAGCUCUCUCUGACAUUUAGUGUGUAUUUGAGGAUGUUGUUUACAAAAACCGUUGAUGGAUGUUGAUACCACAAAUGUAUAUAAUGGCACCAUGGGGGCUCAAAAGAUGUAUCGUUUUGAAAGGGCAGAACUGCUCAAGAACUCUGGUCAAGAAACCAUCUACUGUUUACUUCUAGAAUACAGUUUGAAACUGAUGCCUAUCUGAAUUAUUUAGGGCAAAAAAAUCUACGUACGCCACAACACGAUUGUGAGGAUAUUGCUGUUUUUCACUGGAAUUGGCAAAGAACAAAAUUACAGAUUUGAGAGUUUUUAAUUUCACUUUAUUCUCCAAGCAUAGCAGUUUUAGUGUUUUUGUUGUGCUUUUAAACUCACGUAAAAAUCCAGUGUCAGUGUGUAUUGAUGAUUGUGUUUUAAUUAGCCACCCUUUUCUACAGUAACUUUAAGAAUGACAGCUGGAAGUGACGAGGAAAAAGUGAUGGACCAUCGUCCACCCUGUUUACAUAUUAAACAAACAAAAAAAUGCCUACAAAACAGGAAAUACACUACAGGAAAGGGCCAUUAGUUAUGGCUUUGGUCCAUUAGAGUAUGCGUACAGUAAUGCUGGUGGAGAUGCUCGUACAACACUGUAUGUACUAAGACAAGCCCCAUUUCUAAAAAUAUACAAACCUCAGUUCCAACAAAUGUGUGAGUUUGUGAAAUGCCCAUAGAUACAGAAAGCAUUUUGUUUGACUGCAAUUAGUUGAAAACAGUUCAAAAAUACAGGAUUUGUUUUUUUAACCUUUACCUCAUUCCAAAUUUCAUACCUGCAACGCAAAUAAAAACGAACCCACAUGUUUACCACUGUGUUUCAUCACAUUCAGUUGAUUCAGCUUUGAGAGCAGAUUCUUUGUCUUUCAGAUGUGCAGCUGUACUGGCCUCUGUAGUUGUAUUUUGUAUUCCAUAAUGCAGCACAUGUUUUCACUGGGAGACAAACUGGACUGUAGCCAGGGCAGUCUAGCUCACACAUUCUCCGAUUACGCAGCCAGGCAACUUGUGGCUUAGCAUUGCUGUGUUCAGAAAGCAUGGACGUCCCUGAAAAAGACAUCAUCUAGAUAGCAGCAUAUGUUGCUCUAAAAUGUUUGGAUAUUAAAGUUCCAGCCUUAUUAUUCAGUAACUACAGGGGCUUCAGUGCAAACUGGCUUAGCUGUUCUUAGGUUAUAAAAGUGUCUAAUGGGGGCCCCCAAGUGGCACAGCCGUCUAAGUGUUGGCCCUGUCAGGAGAUUGUGAGCUUGAGCCCUGGUGAUGAGUCCAAGAGAGCACAAUUGGCCUCGCUGUCAUGGGUAGGAUGGCCCCUCCUUCUCCCCCCAUCUCAGGAGUCCUAACUAGUGGGAGGAAUUGGAGACAGCUAAAUUGGGGAGAAAAAAAGUGCCUAAUAGAACUUUGGCCAUGUAAGGGGUUAAUGGUGCCAUCACAGUUGGUCAUGCCAUGGACACUAAUGCCUCCCAUACCAUGACAGACCGUGACUUUCAAACUUUACACUGGUAACAAUCUGGAUGGUCCUUUACUUUGGCCCAGAGAACACAAAGUCCAUUAUUUCCAUGAACAGUCUGAAAGGUUUUUUAGACCACAAUACACAUUUCCACAUCUGGAACAUGUUGCUGGCAUCAAUUUCUGAAUUAGCACAUAUUUACAAAAAAACAAGAAGGUAAAGCAUGAAAUAUCUUGUCUUUGUACUGUUCUUGUUUAAAUACAGGGCAAAGUGGGUUUAAAAAUCACUGCUUUCUGUAUUUGCAUUUCACUUACUGUCUUACCCUUUUGGAAUUUAGGUUUGUAUUAUCAUUUAGAUUCAUACUUAAAUAUUUUCUUUUAAAUAGAUCAACCUUUAGUCAAAAGAUGGUAGUUUCAUUCAUGUUUUGUUAAUCUCACAGUACUCUGCUAAUAAUGCUGUCACAAUAUAAGUACAGCAGUUUUAAUUUGUAUCAGCAUGCAAUCAGUGGUUUUAUUUGUUGUUUUACUAAAUUAAUCAAUAUUUAUUUGUGUUCAUUUUAUAGGCUGAAAUUUCUAUUUUUGUGUAGUACGUUUGAAACUGUUAUGAAUAUGGAUAGUGAAUGUCCACUUUCAAGUAGUUUAUAGAAGAACUCUAAAUAUGGCCCAGGUAUGUGAAACUGAGGUCUUAGUACAUUAACCUCUGCUUGGAAAGACAAACCUUCUCUCAAAGCACUCGGUGCAACAGCCAGACUUGUGACAUCUUUUGUAACCUGUUUGCCUUUGUAUUCAAAUCUCUAUGGCAUAAAAAUUUGCAUGCAAUGUUAUUAAACUGUCAUUAAACUGACUUUGCUUAAUGUCAUCCAAUUGACUUUGCUUAAUAUUUGAUACUGCUGUUCUCUUCUGUAAAACGAAAUCACUCUGAAUGCUACAAGAAUGUCAGUCUUUUCUUCUUGGAUGUUUUUGUACCUAUGAAGGCUGUCGCAUUGCCUGUCAGGCUGUGAUUGCAUGUUACAAAGGAAAAAAAAGAUUAUAUAUGUCUUGUUCUGUUCCUUUUUUUAAGACUCAGGCAAUUGUUUGCAUUCUAGUGGUUCUCUGAUAAAUUCCUACUCCUGGUUCACCUUAACUCUCUUGCACCGAAUGGCCGAAUUAUCGUGCCUUUUCUUUUGUAACAGUGUGUUUUUUGCACCGCUCACUUUACAGAGAUUCCUAGAUGGAUAUUAGCUUUUAAUAUGGGAAAUAUAUGAUAACAUUUGGCACAUUUAUAUUCCUGUUUGUGUUCAACCGUCGGAAUAUUGUAUCAUUCUGAAUAUGCCGCUCGAUGACACAUAAUCGGUGUGUCCUUUACACUGUGUGACUGUGCUGGGCUGUGUUGGAGUGCAGGGCUGAGGGUGCUCAUACAAAGAAACUACAGAUUCUACUUUCUGCUCUUUUAGCACCAUUACACAUUAACCUAAGGGCAAACUAAAGCCAGCUCUGUUUGUGGAAGCACAGAGCACAUAGACAACACUAACACUUAUGACUGGCUUCUGAAUAACACAUGAAUUAUAGAUUUAUAGCAUAUGCAAAUUACAUGCAUCAUUUACUUCAUUUCAAAUUUGAAUCUGCAUGGCUGAAAAUUGUGAUCCGACAAAAAAAAUAAACAAACAGACAAAAAGAAAACUCAGAAACCAGAAUCUGUUGUUUCCUAUAUGUCUCUUUUAAAAAUGUUCAAGUAUUAUCUCCAGUGUGUUUUUUACUCGGGUGGAUGAUGUGCUGUUUAUGUGUGUUCUGAACUGGAAACCCAUCUCUAAUAAAGUAGAGAACCAACCUAAAA